GGCGUCUCAGUUGCCAUGGAGACCGGGCACUCCACAGCGCCGAGGUCCGUGGCGUCCGCGACUAUCGCGUACGAGGGGACAACGUGGGCGCCAACCUCGCGCCCAGCCCGACCCAGCAGCCCCAGCCUGUCCUCCUGGAAGUCCUCCGUCGCCCACACAGAGGGCUUCUGCUACAGCUUCGCGGCCCGGCCUCGCCGCGUGGCGCCGCUUGCGCUCGCGCCGCAGCCCGAGCCGCAGCUGCUUCGCCUGCGCCCCUCCUCGCUGCGCACCCAGGACAUCUCGCACUUGCUCACCGGCGUCUUCCGCAACCUGUACUCGGCCGAGGUGAUCGGCGAGGACGUGAGCGCGAGUCUGAUUAAGGCCCGCGGCAGCGAGAAUGAGCGCCACGAGGCGUUCGUGGACGAGCUGCGGCAGAUUCGGGAGCUCCAUAAGCAGCGGCUGGAUGAGGUGGAAAUGUUGGAGAGACACAUCAUUCAGGCCCGUGCACGUGCAAUUGCGGAAAAAGAGAGGGUCAUCAACCAGGCCAGAGAACAGGACCUCGAGGCCCUUGUCAAAUUGCCUCCAGUGAAUACUGUCUUCAGAUGGUGUAUAGACAGCAAGUUGCUACAGAAGCAUCAUUUGAUCUGCCCAGAAGAUUACUACAGUGAUACAGUGCCAUUUUGUCCUGCACCUAAAGGCCACCUGCUCCCUGGAUAUUCAAAAAUGACAUUUAGCUGUGAGCAGCGUUCCAUCCCAAAGAAAGAGCCGUACAAGAAGCUUGAAGUUUUGUGCAGAAAGAAGCUUACUGAGUCUAAAGAUGACUUAGAUCACACUGUGGACAGCCUGACAUGGGACUCAGCUCCUAAGCCCAAGCAAAAGAUGAGAGAAACUGUCAAGAAAGCAAGUCUACCAAAGAAUAAAAACUGGAUGAACCACUUACGUGUGCCACAGAGAGAACUAGAGCGACUUCUGCUUGCCAGAAUGGAGAGUCGGAACCAGUUCCUCAAAAACCCUCGGUUUUUCCCUCCUAACACUCCAUAUGGAGGCAAAUCUCUCAUUUUUCCUCCGAAGAAGCCAGCACUGACAGGAGAAUUCCAGAGUGUGGAGCCAGAACAGAGUGGUGCUGAUACUCCAGUGUUUCUGGCUAAACCGCCGAUCGGAUUUUUUACAAAUUAUGAAAUUGGACCUGUUUAUGAGAUGGUCAUCGCGCUGCAGAAUAUCACCACCACCAGCCGCUACCUGCGGGUCCUCCCACCUUCCACGCCAUACUUUGCUCUAGGAUUGGGGAUGUUUCCAGGAAAAGGUGGAAUGGUGGCACCUGGAAUGACCUGCCAGUAUGUUGUCCAGUUUUUUCCUGACUGCCUUGGGAAUUUUGAUGAUUUUAUUUUGGUUGAGACCCAGUCAGCCCGCACGCUCCUGAUCCCCCUGCAGGCCCGGAGGCCACCCCCGGUGCUGACACUAUCACCCGUGUUGGACUGUGGUUACUGCCUCAUUGGGGGAGUGAAGAUGACCGGAUUCAUCUGCAAGAACGUGGGCUUCAGCACUGGCCAGUUCUGCAUCAUGCCCAAAAAGAGCUGGCCACCACCGAGUUUCAAGGCCGUUGCCACCAUUGGCUUUGUUGAGCAACCUCCCUUUGGAAUCCUGCCCUCAGCAUUUGAGCUGGCCCCGGGGUAUGCCGUAUUGGUGGAGGUCCUGUUCCUCCCAAAGAGCCUAGGGAAGGCAGAGCAGACCUUCAUCAUCGUGUGUGACAACUGCCAGAUAAAGGAACUGGUGAUUGUAGGAAUUGGGCAGCUGGUUGCUUUGGAUCUGAUCUAUAUUUCUGGUGAAAAAAGUCAACCCGACCCCGGAGAGCUCACAGACUUAACAGCCCAGCAUUUCAUACGAUUCGAGCCUGAAAACCUUCUGUCCACAGCCAGGAAACAGCUGAUUAUUAGAAAUGCUACGCACGUGGAGCUGACCUUCUACUGGCAGAUCAUGAAGCCCAACCUGCAGCCCUUAAUGCCUGGAGAAACCUACAGCAUGGACACCAUCAAAUACCACCCAGAUGAGGAGACUGCCUUCUCCAUCAUGCCCGCAAAGGGGGUUCUCAGCCCCCACACGGACCACGAGUUCAUCCUGAGCUUCUGUCCUCAUGAGCUGAGGGCUUUUCACAGUGUGCUCCAGAUGGUGCUAGAAGGAGUCCCAGACCCCAUAAAUUCAGAAUCGGAGAACAUGGGACACUCCUCAUACUCUGUGGAUAAUGUGAUCGUCCUGGAAAUCGAGGUGAAAGGCUCAGUGGAACCUUUCCAGGUUCUUUUAGAACCAUACGCCCUCAUCAUCCCAGGGGAGAACUACAUUGGCAUAAACGUGAAGAAGGACUUUAAGAUGUGGAACAACAGCAAGUCACCCAUCAGAUACAUGUGGGGAAAGAUCAGUGACUGCCACAUCAUUGAAGUGGAACCCUGCACAGGGGUCAUAGAACCCAAUGAGGUUGGUGAUUUUGAGUUGAACUUCACUGGAGGCGUCCCUGGCCCUGCAAGCCAGGACCUGCUGUGUGAAAUAACAAACUCGCCGUCACCAGUGGUGUUACACAUUGAGGCGGCCUUUAAGGGGCCUGCCCUCAUCAUCGACAUCUCAGCCCUUCAGUUUGGCCUGCUCCGCCUGGGACAGAAAGCCACAGACUCCGUCUACAUCCGGAACGUCAGCCAGCUCCCAGCCACGUGGCACAUGAAGGAGAGCCCUGUCUGCCUUGAAGAAAGGCCUGAGGAUGUGUCCCCCUUCAACAUUGAGCCUUCCAGCGGCCAGCUUCACCCUCUGGGGGAGUGCAGAGUGAACAUCACCUUGGAAGCCUUACACUGCCAGCGUCUACAGACCGUCCUAGAGCUGGAGGUGGAAAAUGGGGCCUGGAGUUACCUUCCUGUGUAUGCUGAGGUACAGAAACCCCACGUGUACCUGCGGAGCAGCCAGGUGGAGAUUAGCAACCUCUACCUGGGAGUGCCUACAAAGGUGACUGUCAUGCUCAUCAAUGGCACGCUGCUACCCACCCGCUUCCACUGGGGCAAGCUCCUGGGGCACCAAGCGGACUUCUGCAAAGUGAUAAUCUCCCCCAGACGUGGCCUGCUGGGCCCCAGUGAGGAGUUCCAUCUCAACUUGGAAUUCACUGCUCACACCCAGGAAGAACUGACCAAUCUGGUCCUCCCUUGUCACGUGUCAGGCAUGAAGAAGCCACUGGUCCUAGGCAUUUCUGGGAAGCCCCAGGGACUGCAAGUGGCCAUUGCCAUCUCUUCGGAGGAUUCUGAUAGCUGUGUUUGCAGCACAGAACAGUGGCCAGGCCCCCCGAAGGAGCUUCACCUGGACUUUGGCUCGACGGUGCCACUGAGGACCCGUGUGACUCGCCAGCUCAUCCUCACCAAUUGCUCCCCAAUACACACGCCUUUCACCCUCAAGUUUGAGUACUUCGGGAGCUCCCAAAGCAGUCUGAGCAAAAAGACCAGCCUCCCCGACAUGCCUCCUGCCCUGCUAAAGACGGCACGAAUCCGAGAGCACUUGGCCAGGCGAGAGCAGCUGGACUUUUUGGAAAGCAUGCUGUCUCAUGGGAAAGGAGCUGCUUUCUUUCCCCACGUUGACCAGGGCAUACUGGGGGCCUACCAGCAGCGGAUAAUCGACAUCACAGGCUGUGCCAACAUGUGGGGCGAGUACUGGGACAGCCUCAUCUGCACGGUGGGAGACCUGCCGCAGACAGUCAUCCCGGUGCACAUGGCAGUGGUGGGCUGCCCCAUCAGCUCCCUGAGGACCACCUACUACACCACUGACCAGGUCCAGAAGGAGCCUGUCAUCAGGUUCGGCACCCAGGUCUCAGGAGGAGACACAGUUACCCGAGUCCUUCGCCUGCACAAUUCCAGCCCCUGUGACAUCCGCCUUGACUGGAGGACCUACACUCCGGAAGACAGGGAAGACCGGCUAGUGGAACUGCUGGUGUUUUAUGGACCACCCUUCCCACUGCUGGACCAAGCUGGGAACGAGCUUGUGUGCCCUGAGGCCCCUGAGGACAGCUACCUCCUCUGGUCCCUGAGCCCUUCCAAUUCAUCGGAAUGCAGCCAUGAAGCUGCCCCAUUGGUUGGGGGCAGCUCCAGUGCCAGCAGCGGGGUGGCGGAGCAGCUCAUCUCAGUCAUCCUGCAGGCGCACGAGGGGGUGCCCUCCGAGCACCUGUACUGUGUCAGCCCCAAGCAGGUGGUGGUCCCUGCUGGGGGUAGCAGCACCAUCCACAUCUCCUUCAUACCCCCGGUGCUCAGCCCCAAUAUCCUGAACAAGGUGGAGCACGCAGGCUAUGCCCUGGGUUUCAUGAGCUUGGAUGACGAGGUGGAAAGGGAGAUUCCAGAGAGGAGGUGUCGCCUGCAAGACUUUGCUGUGGGACCCCUGAAACUGGACCUGCAUGGCUACGUGAGGCCAGCACAGCUGAGUGUGGAGCUGGACUACGGCAGCGGCAUGGAAUUCCGGUGCCAGGCCAGUGAUCUCAUCCCCGAGCAGCCCUGCACUGGGGUGCUGAGCGAGCUGGUGACCACCCACCACCUGAAGCUGACUAACACUACGGAAAUCCCACACUACUUCCGGCUCCUGGUCUCCAGGCCCUUCUCUGUUUCUCAAGAUGGGCCUGGCCGGGACUACAGAGCCCCUGGCCGCAAGCAGGAGUGUGAGGAGAUAGCCUCAUUGGGCAAGCAGCUGGUGCUCCGCCCACAGGAGAACAUGCUGGUGGACGUGUCCUUCUUGCUCUCCCUGGAGCUGCUGUCUUACCAGAAGUUCCCGGCUGACCAGAUGCUGCCAGGGGUGGACAUUCAGCAGCGUGCGAGUGGAGAGAAAGAGAUGGUGUUUACUCAGGACCUGCUCCUGGAGUACACCAACCAGACCUCUCAGGUGGUGCCCCUGCAGGCCACUGUGGCUGUGCCCGAGCUACAGCUCUCCACCAGCUGGGUGGACUUUGGGAUCUGCUUUGUGAACCAGCAGCAAAUCCGGGAGGUGUACCUGGUGAACCUGAGCGGCUGCCGGAGUUACUGGACUGUACUGAUGGGCCAACAGGAGCCAGCCAAGGACACUGUGGCCUUCAGGGUCUCCCCAAACAGUGGACUGCUGGAGGCACGACCUAUCAAUGCGCCCCCAAUGUCCAUCACGCUACAGGUUUUCUUCACUGCUAGGAGCAGUGAGCUGUAUGAGUCCACGAUGGUGGUGGAAGGUGUGCUUGGCGAGAAGACCUGCACCCUGCAGCUCCGGGGCCAAGGCUCUUAUGAUGAGCGAUACAAGUCACUUUGCCAGCUCUGAGGCUCUGCCCUGCCCCUCAGCCCCAGCCCCAGCUUUGGAAUAAACAUGGCCCAGGA